CGCGCCCGGCGCCGGUUGAUCCGCGUGCCCCGGCGCUGCUCUCCCCUCCCCGGCAGCGGGGGCUUCUCCGCCAUGGUGCUGGAGUCGGUGGUGGCGGAUCUGCUGAACCGCUUUCUGGGCGACUAUGUGGAGAACCUGAACAAGUCUCAGCUCAAGCUGGGCAUAUGGGGGGGUGAUGUGGCACUUGACAACUUACAGAUAAAGGAGAAUGCAUUAAGUGAACUGGAUGUACCUUUUAGAAUUAAAGUUGGUCAGAUAGAUAAACUUACUCUGAAGAUUCCUUGGAAGAAUCUCUAUGGCGAGGCAGUUGUUGCAACCCUAGAAGGCUUGUAUCUUCUAAUAGUUCCUGGAGCAAGCAUUAAAUACGAUGCAGAGAAGGAAGAAAAAUACUUGCAGGAUAAUAAACAAAAGGAACUGUUGAGAAUUGAGGAAGCCUUGCGGAAAGCAGCAGAAAAAGGCACUCAUUUACAAGAUUCCUUGUAUGGGUUGGAGAGUCUGAUUUACAAGGACAUCAAGCCUGGACGUAAGCGUAAAAAGUAUAAAAAGCAUUUUAAAAGACCGUUUAAAGGUCGUGAUCGCUCAAAAGACAAACCAAAGGAGGAGAAGAAAGACACUUUUUUAGAAAAGCUUGCAACUCAAGUUAUAAAAAAUGUGCAAGUCAAAAUCACAGGCAUUCAUGUUAAAUAUGAAGAUGAUAUCACAAAUCCACAGUGCCCUAUUUCCUUGGGAAUGACAUUGGGCGAGCUUAGUUUACAGACAACAAACGAGAACUGGACACCUUCUAUUCUGAAUGAAGCUGCAAAGAUAAUAUACAAGCUUUUGUGCCUGGACAGCCUCAGUGCUUAUUGGAACAUACACAGCAAAAUGUAUUAUCAUGGCUCCCGUGAACAAAUACUGGAUCAGCUGAAAAGAGGAAUUUCUUGUCGUGGUAGCCAGCCUCAAGACUACCAGUACAUUUUUAGACCAGUAUCAGCCUCUGCAAGACUGUAUAUCAACACAUGUGCAGAAGUAGAACUAAAAACUCCCAAGCUUGAUUGUAACGUAGAAGUACAGAGAAUUGUCAUUGAAUUCACUAAGCCACAGUACCUCAGCAUGAUAGACCUUCUGGAGUCCAUAGAUUACAUGGUUCGCAACACACCGUACAGAAGAUUUAGGCCAAAUGUGUCUGUCCAUAAAAAUGCCAGCCAAUGGUGGAAAUACGCAGGUAACAGUGUUCUUGAAGUUCACAUCAAAAGAUAUACCCGAAUGUGGUCAUGGAGUAACAUAAAACAACACAGGCAGCUUCUGAAGAGUUACAAAAAUGUGUACAAGAACAAGCUGACACAGAGUAAACUCUCAGAAGAUACACAGAGGCAAAUUCAGGACCUGGAAAGGAAACUUGAUGUCUUCAAUAUAAUCUUAGCAAGACAACAAGCACAAGUUGAGACGAUAAGAUCAGGACAAAAGCUACUGAAGAAGAAAACCACUGAUGUAGAAAAAAAAAGUGGAGGAUGGUUUAGUGGUUUCUGGAGUAGAAGAGCAUCUGCGAAAAGGGAAGAUGAAGAAUCACUUGUUCCUGAAACUAUUGACGAACUAAUGACACCAGAAGAGAAAGCUAAGCUUUUUACUGCUAUUGGAUAUAGUGAAGGCUCCCAUCAUCUUUCCUUGCCGAAGCAGUAUGUUGCUCGUGUUGUGACACUGAAGCUGUUGAGCACUUCUCUUACCAUUAAAGAAGACAAGAAUGUGGCAGAAAUUCUUAAAGUACAGAUAAUUGAUUUAAGUACCAAAAUAUCACAGCGCCCAGGAGCACAGGCCAUUAAGGUUGAAGCAAAGCUUGAAAAUUGGUACGUUACAGGCUUAAGACAAGAAAAAGUUGUACCAUCUCUUGUGGCUUCCAUCGGGGAUAGAAAGUCUUCUCUGCUUAGGAUAGAGUUCAAUGUUAACCCAGAGGAUAGUACAGCUGACCAGAGUCUUACUAUUGAAUCACAGCCUGUGGAGAUCAAAUACGAUGCAAGAACAAUAAAUGCAAUGGUAGAAUUCUUUCAGACAAGUAAGGGAAUGGAUCUUGAAAGAUUAACCUCAGCCACAUUAACGAAGCUGGAAGAAAUCAAGGAAAGAACUGCUGCAGGAUUAAUUCAUAUUAUUGAAAUGCGGAAAGUCCUUGACUUGAAGAUUGAUCUGAAAGCCUCCUAUCUAGUGAUUCCACAGACUGGUUUCCACCGUGAAAAAUCAGAUUUGCUGAUUUUGGACUUUGGUACAUUUAAGCUGCACAGCAUAAAUCAAGGACGUAGUGAAGCUUCUACCUUUUCAUCUUUAGAGGAGCUUAUGGACAAAGCUUAUGACAAGUUUGAUGUGGAAAUAAAAAAUGUGCAGCUUCUUUUUGGAAGAAAAGGUGAAAACUGGCAGAAGGCUCGUUUUCAACAUCCAUCAACUUUGCACAUAUUACAUCCUAUGGAUAUUAAUGUACAGCUGGCAAAAUCGAUGGUGGAAAGAGAUACCAGGAUGGCAAAGUUUAAAGUGUCAGGAGGACUUCCAUUGGUGCGUGUCAGACUCUCUGACCAGAAAAUCAAGGCAAUUUUUGAUCUGAUUGAUAGCAUUCCAUUGCCUCGGAAGUCAUCCGUGUCAGUUCCAAGCACAAAGGUGCCGUCUAUUCCCACGAUUUCUGUUGUUAAUAAAGGGUUACUUAAUACACGUCAGUUUUUACCAGAAAUAGUGUCAGACUCUGAAGAAGAUGAUUUUGAUUUUGAGGGAAGUUCUGAACCAGCUGAUGGGUCACUAAUUAAAGGAGAAGAAAUGAGAAAUAAGGAGCCUGUUAAAGAGGAACUGACAGAUCUUCAGCUGAAGUUUGAAGUUAAAGAGGUUUUAGUCGAACUCACCAGGCAGAAGAAAACUGAGGAAAUGGUACUUGUAUUUGAUGUAAUGCAUCUUGGGACAGAAGCUACGAUCAGAACCUAUAAUUUAACAGCGGUGUCUUAUUUAAAGGAAAUAAGCUUGGAUUACUAUGGAAUUGGAGGUAAAAAAGCACCUAUUCAUCUAAUUAGUUCCUCAGAUAAACCUGGCUUAGACCUUCUGAAGGUGGAAUAUAUCAAGGCUGACAGAAAUGGGCCACACUUUCAGACAGUUUUUGACAACACUGAACAGAUGAUUAAAGUAGCUUUUUCAUCAUUGAACCUUCUACUGCAUACCGAGGCCCUUAUGUCUGCCAUCAGCUUUCUAACAGCUGUUAGUCCAUUAGGCAAUCGAAGUGGUGGAGACACACCAACUAAAGCUGAAAAACAAGAUGACACUAGAUUGCAGAAAGUGGCUAGACCUUCCAAGGAUAAGGAUGUCUUUGACUUGAAGCUUUUUGCCAAGCUGGAUGCAUUCUGUUUAAAUAUUUGUGAUGAGAAAAAGAACAUUGCAGAUAUCAAGAUACAAGGUCUUGACUCAUCUCUUCUCCUUCAGCCAAGUCACACUGUCUUCUUUGCCCGACUUAAAGAUAUAGUUGUGACAGAUGUUGAUUCAAGGACCCUUCAUAAAAAAGCUGUGUCUAUAGUAGGAGAUGAAGUUUUCAGUUUCAAUCUGGUAUUAGAUCCAUAUGCUACUGAAGGAGAAGCCUACACUGACAUGUCGAAAGUGGAUGCUACUGUAUCUUUGAAAGUGGGCUGUAUUCAAAUAGUGUACCUUCACAAAUUUCUCAUGUCUCUUCUGACCUUUUUGAACAACUUCCAGGCAGCUAAGGAGGCAUUGAGCGCUGCUACGGUCCAAGCUGCAGAAAAGGCGGCUACCAGUGUAAAAGACCUGGCUGAAAGGAGUUUUCGCCUUGCAAUGGAUAUUGACUUGAAAGCACCAGUUAUAGUCAUUCCUCAGUCCUCAGUUUCCUCCAGUGCUAUAAUAAUAGAUCUUGGCUUGAUUAGGAUUCAGAACCAGUUUAGCUUGGUGCCUCCAGAAGGCAGUUCGCUUCCUCCAGUCAUUGAGAAAAUGGAUGUACAGCUGACAAAGCUGAAACUUUCUAGGGCCACUAUGGAGACGGGCUCGUCGCAUCCAGACGUUCAGAUACUUCACCCUAUUAAUUUAAGCCUGUCUGUGAAACGGAAUCUAUCUGCAGCUUGGUUUCACAAAUUACCGGUACUGGAGAUCACAGGAUAUCUGGAUGCAAUGAAUGUUGUGUUAAGUCAAGAGGAUUUGAAUGUCUGUCUCAAAUUGUUGACAGAAAACCUUGGUGAAGCAGAAGAACAACAAACUUGUGCACACCCAGUACUGCAAAAUGAAGGUAAAAGCCAAGAAAUGGAGAAAUCAGUUUUGAGAUGGGAUACAAGUGUUAAAGAAGUAAUCCUGUCUGAAAAGAGAAAAAGAAUGUUAAAUGAAGAUGUAAUCAAUAUGCUGCUUAAUUUUGAAAUCAAAGAGGUUGUAAUAACCUUGAUGAGGCAGGUUCAGAAGGAACGGCAUCCAUUACAUAUUCUAACUGUGCUACAGCUUGGGACUGAAACCAAAAUAAGGAAUCAUGAAUUGACUGCAACAGCAUAUCUGAAAAAAAUUAUGAUGAGAUGCACUGAAAUCAAGGACUCAAAAGGAGAAGCUCUUUGCAUUAUUAAUUCUUCAAGUGAGACAGAUGAACAUCUUCUGAAAAUGGAAUACAUUAAGGCUGAUCCUGAUGGACCAGAUUUUGUUACUACUUACAGAAGCACCAAGCAAAAUAUCAAUGUCAUCUUUUCACGUUUGGAUAUAGUACUUCACACAGAGGCUUUGCUUUCCAUCAUGAGUUUUCUCACAUUCAGUGUUCCAUCGGGUGGUCUUCCUAGUACUGAUAAAGCAUCAGACCAGAAGCCUCAAAUAAAAGAACAGGAAAAAGGAACUACUCUUAAUCAAGUAUCUGCUAUUACAGCCCUUGAUGACAUCUGUGAAUUAAAACUCACUGCAAAGCUAAAUGCAUUUGGUAUUACAGUAUGUGAUCAGACCUGUAGAAUUGCUGACAUUAGAAUACAAGGAAUGGAUGCAUCUGUAGCUAUGCAAACUAAAAAGAUUGAAGUGUUCUCCAGACUUGAAGAUAUUAUAAUUACAAAUGUUGAUCCACAAACAAUCCAUAAGAAGGCUGUCUCCAUAAUGGGAGAUGAAGUAUUUAGAUUUCACAUGUUACUUUAUCCAGACGCUACUGCAGGGGAAGCCUAUGCAGAUAUGUCAAGGGUGGAUGGUAAAAUGUCUCUGAAAGUUGGCUGCAUCCAAAUAAUUUACCUACAUCAGUUCUUUAUGUCUCUCCUGAACUUCCUAAACAAUUUCCAGACGGCACAAGAAGCCCUGACUGCAGUCACCGUUCAGGCGGCAGAAAUGGCUGCUUCCAGCAUGAAGGACUUUGCUAAAAAGAGCUUCCGCCUCUUAAUGGAUAUCAACUUGAAAGCUCCGGUUAUAGUUGUUCCUGAAUCUUCAACUUCGUGUAAUGCUUUAGUAGCUGAUCUUGGCUUAAUCAGAGUUCAGAAUGAAUUCAAGCUGGUGUCUUCAGAUGAAUCUUCUCUUCCUCCAGUCAUUGACAACAUGGAUGUGCAGCUAACUCAUUUGAAAUUAUCGAGGUGCAUUAUAUCCACAGAUUCUCAACCAGAUUCUGAAAUUCUUCGUUCUGUGAGUUUGACUUUACUGGUCCAGAGAAAUUUAGCAGCAACUUGGUAUCAUAAAGCCCCAACAAUUGGUAUCAAAGGAGACCUAAAACCACUGCAGAUUGCACUAAGUGAAGAUGAUCUAGCUGUUGUCAUGAAAAUCUUACUUGAAAACCUUGGAGGGGCUUCUUCGCAGCCAAAUAUUGUGCAAGAGAACAUCAAAGAUACACAGAUACUCAAGAAGGGGAAAGUUCCAAAUGAAUCUGAUUUCUCUGAGGGUCCUCUUCUUGCUUCUGGGCAAAAAAAUGUUUCUACAGUUCAGUCUUCUGCAGAAUGUUAUACAGCGCUUAAAUUUGACUUUCAUUUUGAGUCGCUUUCAGUAAUUCUCUACAACAGUGAUAAGAAUCAGAAGUCUCUGCUCUCACCACAUAGUGACAAGUUACGCCUUGGUGAACUCCGGCUGCAUCUCAUGGCAUCAUCAGGCAACAUGUUUUCAGAUGGCUCAAUGGGUAUUAAUGUUAAACUCAAGGCAUGUACCCUGGAUGACCUCAGAGAAGGAAUUCAGAAUGUGACUGCAAGAAUGAUAGACAAGAAAGAUGACACAAAUGACAGUUCAAUGAUAGAUAUAAACUACAAGCAGGAUAAAAAUGGAAGUCAAGUCACUGCUGUCCUUGACAAGCUGUACAUAUGUGCCAGUAUGGAGUUUCUGUUGGCAGUAGCAGAUUUUUUCAUUAACUCAGUGCUGGCAUCCUCAACUGAAAGAUCAGCACAGGGGCAAUUAAAGCAUGUUGCUUCUGGGGUAUCCAAGCCAGAAACAGAAGUAUCUCUACGACCAAAUAUGACAGUAAAAGCUGUAAUCAUGGAUCCAGAAAUUGUAUUCGUUGCUAAUUUGACCAGUGCUGAUGCCCCUGCCUUAAAAGUUUCCUUCCAAUGUGACUUUUCUCUGAUGUCUGGAGGGGCUGCACAAAGGAUGACUGCUCAAGUGAAGGAAUUCAAAGUGUUGGUCUGUGCCUUUCUCAAAGAAAAACAAGACAAGAAUGUUACUACAGUGUUACGGCCAUGUUCCUUGGUCAUGGAAAAUAUGAUGCACGUCUCAGGGUUACAAACUGUGGUAGUAACCAUAGAAGAACUUAGUAUAAAGAUCUCACCAAUAAUUCUGAAUACUGUGAUGACCAUUAUGGCUGCCAUAAGGCCCAAAAGAACAGAGGAGGAUUCUAGAGGAGCAACUGAAGUUCCUGAGAAUUUGUGGCAAGUGAAGCCUAUAGAUGAGUGCAAUGCUUGGUUUCUUGGUGUUGAUGUGGCCACAGAAGCAACAGAAACUUUUAAGGACCGUGAACAUAUUCUGAAACAAGAGAAAUUUGACAUUGCAGUGACAUCGGUUCAGAUCACCUUGGAAUGUGGUCUGGGACAUCACACUGUCCCUUUGUUGUUAGUAGAAUCUGAGUUUUCAGGUGUUCUUAAAAACUGGUCCUCGCUGAUGGAAGUCACUGCUGAUAUGUCACUGGAGGUUCAUUAUUACAAUGAAACCUAUGCAGUGUGGGAGCCACUUAUUGAACGAAUUGAAGGAGGAAAGAAGCAAUGGACUUUAAAGCUGGAAAUGAAGACUAACCCUGUCCAAGAGAGAAGUUUGUUGCCUGGAGAUGAUUUUGUUGUUCUUCCUGAGCCACAAACUGCAGUUAACAUCUCAUCGAGUGACACAAUGAAUAUAACAAUAUCCAAAUGUUGUCUUGCUGUUUUCAGUAAUUUAGCCAAGGCAUUUUCAGAAGGGACUGCAUCCACAUUUGACUAUUCCUUCAAAGAGACAGCGCCUUUCAUAGUGAAAAAUGCCCUGGGUGUUCCUCUCAAAGUGCUUCCUAACUCAAAUUUUCAGAUAGUUGGUUCUGUUGAAAAAGGAAGCAUCAAUGAUCUAGAAAUUGGUCAGAACAUGGAACUGGAAUAUUCUGUUUUUGAAGUGUACCAACGAAGAAAGUUGUCUGCAUUGUACCGACAAGAAAGCUCCGCCUUCUCUUUAAAUUUAGAACUUCAAGGAUAUAAAGAAGCAGUAACCAUUCCCAUAGCCAAAUCAGGUCGACGACUGUACAACGUAAGAAGCCUUCUUGUUGAUCGUUCAGACUCUGUUGUUGUACAGAUAGAUGCUAUAGAAGGAAAUAAGGUUAUUACUCUACGAUCUCCUCUUCAGAUCAAGAACCAUUUUUCAAUCCCAUUUGUAAUCUAUAAACUGGGGAGAGACUCAAGGUCGCUGGAGCCCAUUGGCAUAUCCAAGCCAGAAGAGGAAUUUCAUGUUCCUUUACAUUCAUACAGGUGCCAUCUAUAUGUUCGACCGACAGGAAUGUUUGAAGGUCAGUUUAAAGAGUCCACGACUUACAUUGCCUGGAGGGAAGAGCUACAUAGGAGCAAUGAAGUCAAGUGUUUGUUACAGUGCCCAUCCAUGGAGACAAAUUUCUUGCCUCUGAUAAUCAGCUCAACAGCUGUACCUGAUGAACUAAAUUUUAUUUCAACUAGUGGAGAGGAGUGGGAUCCUGCCUACAUUAUCCACCUUUACCCUACACUCACUGUGAGGAAUCUUUUACCGUACUCCUUGAGAUAUUUACUUGAGGGAACAGCAGAAGCCCGUGAAUUGGUGGAAGGGAGUGCUGCAGAUGUUUUUCAUUCAAGAAUUAGUGGAGAAAUAAUGGAGCUUGUGUUGAUAAAAUAUCAAGGCAAAGACUGGAACGGGCAUCUUAAAAUUCAUGAAGGGAUGCCUGAAUUCUUUUCUGUGUGUUUUAUGUCCCAUUCUGCGACAGCGAUGACAGUGGACAUUUAUGUACAUACUAGGCGAAUUGGAAGCCGUAUGAUCUUGUCUGUGUUCAGUCCAUACUGGAUAAUCAACAAAACUUCCCGUGUUCUCCAGUAUCGAGCUGAUGACACUCAUUUGAAGCAUCCAGCAGACUACAGAGAUAUUGUUUUGUUCUCCUUUAAAAAGAAAAAUAUUUUUAGUAAAAAUAAGAUCCAAUUGUGUAUUUCAACUAGCUCGUGGUCCAGUAGCUUUUCCCUUGAUACUGUCGGAAGCUAUGGAUGUGUCAGGUGUUCAGCUAAUAACAUGGACUAUCUGGUUGGAGUCAGCAUCAAAAUGAGCAGUUUUAACCUUACCAGGAUAGUUACCUUCACUCCAUUCUACACAAUAGCAAACAAAUCUUCUCUGGAACUAGAGGUUGGAGAAAUUGGUCCUGAUGGCUCUUAUCCAACUAACAAAUGGAAUUAUAUCUCAGCUUCAGAGUGUCUUCCAUUUUGGCCUGAAAGCUCAUCUGGUAAACUUUGUGUAAGAGUAGUUGGCUAUGAAAGCUCCUCCAAACCAUUCCUAUUUCAAGACCAGGAUAAUGGCACUCUGCUGAGGCUGGAAGAAUUGAAUGGGGGCUUACUGGUAGAUGUGAAUGUUUCUGAGCAUUCUACUCUCAUAAGCUUCUCAGAUUACCAUGAGGGAGCCGCUCCAGCUCUGAUCGUUAACCAUACUUCAUGGGAAUCUCUCAGAUACAAACAGAGUGGAUUGCAAGAGGAAAUGGAGUUGAAACCAAAGCAAGUGUGCCUGUUUGCAUGGACAGAUCCAACUAAAACAAGAAAAUUGACUUGGGGAUAUUCCCAAAAUUUCGGUGAACAUGACUUGCUUAAGGAUGAGUGUGGCCAGUUCCCUUACAAUGCAAAUACUCAAAUACACUGGGUAUCUUUCCUGGAUGGACGCCAACGAGUGCUGCUUUUCACAGAUGAUGUUGCAUUAAUUUCUAAAGCACGACAAGCAGAGGAGCUGGAGCAACCCGACCAAGAAAUAAACUUGUCAAUCCAUAGUCUUGGACUUUCUCUUGUCAACAAUGAAAAUAAGAAAGAAAUCUCUUAUAUAGGGAUAACCAGUUCUGGUGUUGUUUGGGAAAUGAAACGAAGGCAAAAGUGGAAACCAUUUAAUCAAAGGCAAAUAAACCUGUUGGAACAAGCCUAUAAAAAAUAUCUUUGUAAGAGUGCUUUCCAGGCUUCUGCUUGGCAUAAAGUCGACGACAAUACUGAGGUGAAUUUUAGUAAGGUUCCAAUGGAAAUGCGCCUCCCAUUCAGAUGCAGCAUCCGACGCAACUUUCUGUCAGGAAUUCAGGUUGAAUUCAAACAGUCACCUCACCAAAGAAGCUUACGGGCUCGAUUGUAUUGGCUGCAGGUUGAUAAUCAAUUGCCAGGAUCGAUAUUUCCUGUUGUAUUUCACCCUGUAGCCCCUCCCAAGUCAAUUGCUUUGGAUUCAGAACCAAAACCCUUCAUCGAUGUCAGCAUCAUCACUAGAUUCAAUGAAUACAGCAAAGUACUGCAGUUCAAAUACUUUAUGGUUCUUAUCCAGGAAAUGGCACUGAAAAUUGACCAAGAGUUUUUAGGAGCACUUAGUGGACUUUUUACACCAUCUACAGACCCAGAAGCUGAAAGACAAAGGUCUGAAUUAAUUCAGAAAGAUGUAGAUGCACUUAAAACUGAGCUAAUGGAGUAUUCCCUGACAGACCUGUCAAUGCUCAGCUUCUUUGAGCAUUUCCAUAUUUCUCCAAUUAAGUUGCAUUUGAGUCUGUCUCUGGCUUCUGCUGGAGAAGCGUCAGAUAAAGGGGAAGAAAUGGUAGCUCUCCAUUCUCUGAAUUUGCUGUUGAAAAGUAUUGGAGCUACUCUAACAGAUGUGGAUGAUCUUAUUUUCAAACUUGCUUUCUUUGAAAUCAAAUAUCAGUUCUACAAGAGAGACCAACUGAUGAAGAUAGUUGUCAGACACUAUAGUGAACAACUCCUGAAACAGAUGUAUGUUCUUGUACUUGGCUUAGAUGUUCUUGGAAAUCCAUUUGGCUUAAUCAGAGGCUUGUCCGAGGGAGUUGAAGCUUUUUUCUAUGAGCCGUUCCAGGGUGCAGUUCAGGGACCUGAAGAAUUUGCUGAAGGCUUUGUAAUAGGUGUUAAAAGUCUUCUUGGACACACAGUGGGUGGUGCAGCAGGAGUGGUGUCUCGGAUCACUGGUUCUGUUGGCAAAGGCUUGGCUGCUAUUACUAUGGAUAAAGAAUUUCAGCAGAAACGGAGAGAAGAAAUGGGACGGCAGCCAAAAGAUUUCAGUGACAGCCUGGCCAAAGGAGGAAAAGGCUUGUUACGGGGUGUUGUUGGAGGUGUGACAGGCAUAAUCACUAAACCUGUAGAAGGGGCUAAAAAAGAAGGUGCAGCUGGAUUCUUUAAAGGAGUGGGAAAGGGACUUGUAGGAGUUGUAGCCCGCCCAACAAGUGGCAUCAUAGACAUGGCAAGCAGCACCUUCCAGGGAAUUCAAAGGGUGGCAGAAUCAACGGAAGAGGUAUCUAAUCUCCGUCCUCCACGUUUCAUUCAUGAAGAUGGCAUCAUCCGGCCAUACAAUAGGGUGGAAGCUGAGGGUUAUGAUUUAUUUGAGCAAGAACUGGAAUAAUGGAGUAAACUUUUUCCAUAUUUCUUUUCUAUUUAUGUUACGGUCUUUUAUCUGCCUUAAGCAUUUAGAUUAAGGGCAUGAGCACAUUUAACAUGUCCUCUCGCCUUCAUUCAUGUCUCUUCUGUGUAGCAAUUGAAUAAAACAGUGUUUCAUGAAAAGAAACAAACAAACUUAAAUAACCAUCUUCAGUAAGAUUAGGUGUGUUAGUAAGGUGAGAGAGCCAGGGAGGGUUUGUUUCCUGUAUAUUGUUUUUUUUGAAGGAUGCUUAGCUCCGUAUGAAUGGCAACAACAGAAGGCACUUGGGAAAAAAAAUCAUGGUAGGGUAGAUGCUGAGUUCAUUCUUUUAUAAACGUUCUCUUAGAACUGAGGCUGCUGAUAUUGGAAGACAGGAGACAGCAACGUUUUGAUACUUGUGCAAAAUUUAAAUAGUGAUACUGAAUGGAAUUUUCUUCAGUGAAAAUGCUUAUAGUUUCAUAAUAUAGAAAUAUUUUUCCAUAUAAAUACUCAGAAAUCUUGUAUUUUUGGUUGCUGUAAUAUGCCAUAGGCCUGUCAUUUGUACAUCUGAUGAACCACUACCCCUUCAAAUUACUGCUACUACUACUUCAUGAAACUUUCUCAAUUAAGAGUUGUAGCCAGCUCAGUUGACUCUGGUUUCAUUCACAGAAUCUUUUAGGGCUUUACUGUUCAGCAUACUUAAAUGUGAAUUUUCAGCUGUUAACAUGGAUUUACGUAUAUGUAAAAUAUUAAUUAAAAAUACAUUUAUAAAUUAAGUGAUGCCACAAAUCUAAUUUCUAAUACAAAAUCUCAUAAAUUAAAAAGCGGUCCUCAGAGCGAAUUACCUAUUGUAUAUGGAAAAAACAUUGAGCAGUGACAUCUGUCUGCUGCUAAUGCCUUUUCAGAGUUUAGUGGUCAAUAGUCAGCUUUUUAUAUUUAAAAUUACUUUUAAAAUAAAACUUUUAGUGAAUUUUUAUUUUAUGAAUAACUUAUUAAGUGAAAUUAAGUUGUCACGAUAUGCUAAGAGAACUACAUUUCUUCAUGUAGUGAGAUUUUUUUUUUUGCACUUUAUUUUUUCCAUGUAUCAAAAGGGAAAAGGUAGUACAAUUAACAAGGAAAACUGGAUAUUAUGCAGUUCCUGCACAUCUGAUAUUUGUAUUUUUCUUGGAUCUAAAUGGUGUAGAUUGGAAUUGUAUACCAACCAAGAAUGAAUCAUCCGUAUAGUUCACUAAACACAGUUUCUUCUUUUCAGAAGUCAGUUGAAUUCAGGUGUGGUUUCUUGGUUUUGUUGGUGUUGUGGGUUUUGGUUGGUUUGUUUGUUUGUUUUUUCCUAACCGAUUUUGAUUAUUAUGCUAAAGGUUAGUAUUGGGAAGGUUUUGUUUCCUAGUGUAAAUUACAAGGAAGAGGGGGACAAUGUAUUUGAAGGAAAUUUAACAAGCAAGAUGAGUCAAAGUCAGCUUUAUAUGCGUUUACAAUUUUAAUCUCAAAUACCUCAACUUAUAGGUAUUAGUGCUGGGGUUGUUUUUGGUGCAGUUUUGACCUAAUAUUACAAGUAGUUUAAUCAGAAUCCUUACCCUGUUUUAGCUAAUUAUAGUGUGUGUGUCCCUUUAAAAUAAAUAUAUGCUUAUGAGGUUGAAGCCUUGUAAGGUUACCUUAAGGAAUGGAUGCCUCAAUACUAUCCAGUGGUUAGAAAAAGUUGUUUCACUUAAAUACUCUUAUGUGAAAUCUAGACAUCGACAGGCAUUAGAGUUCAGCUUAGGAGGAAAAUUGUGCGCAUUUUAAAAGACAAGGUAGUCUUUUCUGUGCAGAAUGGGGACAGUAGCCAGGCAGAGUAGAUCAGGUCACGUGUGUGACUUGUUCAUGCAGUGUGUUUUCCUACAAGCAGUGGUUCUAAUGUAUAUGGGCUAUGUCGGAAUCUGCUCAGUCAGUUCAAAACCUCAGAAGUCAGAUUUGACAUCUUGCAGGCCAUGUCUUUACUCAUACAGUGAGGCUUAAUAGCACAGAAUGCAUUUUGUGAAACAUAAGUACAUAGUGUGUAUAGCUGGAGAAAUCGAAGAACAAAUUGGAGGCAACUUUAGGAGAACCGUUUUCCAAGGAAAAUUCUCGUGAGUUUUAACCUUUGUAUGAGGAGCAUUUGUAGUUGAUGAGAUUUGCUAGAACAGGUAAUGAGCCUUUGGCUUUGUUAGUCUUUUAAUAUGCAGGUACUGCUGCCUGCUCUGGUGAGGACUCUCCUCACCCCAGCACUUACGGUUUGACAUGAUGCAGUUCGUACAUUAUUCAGUGUCUUGUGGUGUUACUUUGUUUCAUUUCCCAGUUAAAGUGUGGAGCUUUAUAAAGAAUGCAGAAUACUUCUUGAAUAAUUGAGACAUGGUGGUGAGACAGUGUUGCGUGGCAGAGGGAAUACUACCCUCGGUUCUGAGAAUCUGCAGAUUCUAUUUCUGGUUGAGUCGCUGUGCUGCUGUGUAAAUUUGCAUUGGUUCUUUAAUUUCCAUGCAAAGCAAGAAUGAGUGGAACUUCUUCAAAGUGCUCUGAUGUUCUCAUAAAAAUACAAGCUUUUGAUAAAGAUGCCUGAAUUUUAAGAGUGUGCAGAUCAUGGAGUAAUUUGCAUCAAGUGCAGCUCCUUCUUUACAUAAAGCCACCACCAUUGUGCUGACGUCUAUCAGGUAUAUUGAGAACAGCUCUGAGAAAUGCUGCAUCUCAUAGGCACAGAGCUCAGUGGGAGCUCUUACUUUAGUAACAUACUGCAUGUAAGAUCUAAAAAUACUAUUGGGAUUGUUUCUGAAGUUACAAGAAACAGGCUUUCUCUCCAAAGCUUUGAGUUUUUAAUAGAGGAGAAUGCUUAUGAAUAAAUCUGUUUAAAAACGUGGCAAGUCUCAUUACUGCAUAUCAAGCAAAUGGAUUCAGAAUAUGGAUAGCAGCCUUAGAGUUGCAGUCUUACAUGGUGGUAGGUUUUGUAUGUCUUUAAUUUUUACUUGCUGCUAAAGUAGCUGUGGUUCAGGUAUAAAAUGUGAGUUCAUAUUUUCAUUUUAGUCAUAUGCUGCCAUCUUUCUUCUGAUGUUUUGAAGAGACUUUGAGAUAAGCAGUCUUUUGUGGCUUUUUUUUUUCCUAUCACAUCUGUUUUACAGUUCUCAGAAAUUUUUAAGAUGGUCAGAAAGUGAUAUUUUUUUAUAGAAGAUGUGGACCCUAUAUUUUUGGUUGCUGGAAAAUGCUGAAUUAAAAUGUUUUCCAAAACAUCACAUCACUUGGGAAUCUUAAUCCACUUUUGAGCUUAAAGAAUUUUUUGGGUUGAUUGCAAUGUAUGAUGCUGAUUUAAGACAUUUGUUGAACUUUUAACUAUAUGAAAAUAAAAUGCAAACAUAAAUAAA